AUGACCAUCAACAAGUCGCAGGGCCAAUCCGUUCGCAGUGUUGGGGUCAAUCUCCGCCAGCCCGUAUUCACUCACGGCCAGUUAUAUGUUGCGCUGUCCCGCUGCACUUCCAGUGCGAAUGUUAAGGUGGUAGUGCGCGAUGUGGACAAGGAGACUCAUAAGACGCCGAAUGUAGUUUAUCCUGAGGCCAUUGUGUAG